GCUCUAUGGGGAUAUAAAUCACAUCCCAGUCAUUGCAGUCAGUGCCUGCUUAGAUUGAUAACCGUCGGGUUGGCCGCCGCCGACUAUGUUAUUGUCGUUUGUUCGUGCGAAGGGCAAACAGCUGUUCUGUCCGAGAGUAGCUGCUGCGAGUUUGUGUCAAGUGCAUCACCGACCAACCACUACGCUCCGCCGUUCCUUGUUGUGCUAAGGUCAAGGUUUUUCCCAGCCCACCCCAUCGCUCUAUCGACCUGGUGCUGAGAACGUCAGCUAGCCCCGCCAGAGUUGGAAGCUCGAUUGUUGUGUGUGAUUGUGCGUUUUUAAGUGCUUCUCGGAAGAGGAAAGUGAAAGGGCGUGAAAUUUAUGGUUGGGAAUUUUCCUCGAUGUUGGAAGGAAGAGUUGUGAUGAUUGCAUAACUUGAAUUGGAUUUCUUCUGCACUAUGCGGCGGAGCUCCAGGGAAUAGGGGAUGUAGGCAAUUGGUGUAGCAAAAGCACGGGGAGUCUGAUAUCGAUCCGUUCGAGAUUUGUUCGGUAAAACUUGCGAGGAGGCGAAUCAGAACAUCACGUGGAUUGCUUUUGAACGGUUUAGUUGUGCAACCUGUGCACAGCACAGGUUGGAAUUUCAUAUCACUUGAAAAAAGAAGUUCUCAAUUCGCUUCAGACAAUGUAAAAUAGAAAUUCUGACGCAUCAUAUCAAACUAGCGAAUCCAAACAACAACGGUGAUAAACGGCAACCAAGUAGCCGCCGCACAAAGUGAUAAGAAUUCAAAUCUCGAUAAAUAAACAAACCAAUCAACGAGCCAGUAGUAUCGCAGUAAGUGACGAUGCCGGCGACAAACGAUGGAUCACCACCACCACUUGGGCAAUCAUCCCGCCAGAAGCGAGGACUGUCAGAAGUGUCCUGCUCGUCCUCGUCGUCGUCCUGUUCCAGCUUCGAGGGUGACGCACUGUACUUGCACAAUCGGCUUCCGGCACCGCACGAAAUCUUCGUCAACCGUUCGCUCCACUUGGAAAACAUCAAAUUCUAUGGCUUCGACAUGGACUACACCAUUGCCGAGUACAAAUCGCCGCAGUACGAGCAGCUGGGCUUCAAUCUGGUCAAGGAACGCCUGGUGACGCUGGGCUACCCGGUGGAAAUCCUCCAGUUCGAGUACGAUCCAUCGUUCCCGGUGCGCGGCCUCUGGUUCGACAGCCUCUACGGAAACCUGCUGAAGGUGGACGCCUACGGUAACAUCCUGGUUUGCGUGCAUGGAUUCGAGUUCUUGAAACAUUCCCAGGUGUACGAACUGUACCCGAACAAGUUCCUCCAGCUGGACGAGAGCCGCGUGUAUGUGCUGAACACGUUGUUCAACCUGCCGGAGACGUACCUGUUGGCCUGUUUGGUGGAUUUCUUCACCAACUCGCCGCAGUACGCCGAACAGGUGGACCGCACUGGAGUCAAGUACGGUGAACUGUUCAUGUCCUUCCGGUCGAUCUUCCAGGACGUGCGAGGAGCCGUCGAUUGGGUACACAUCUAUGGUGACCUCAAGAAGAAUACUUUGGAGAAUCUCGACGAAUACGUCAAAAAGGACGAACGGCUACCGAUGGUGCUGUCCCGCAUUCGUGAAUCGGGAGCGAAGCUAUUCCUGCUGACCAACAGCGACUACAAAUUCACCGACCGCAUCAUGACCUUCCUGUUCGACUUCCCACACGGAGCGAAACCGGAGGAACCUCAUCGGGACUGGAAGACCUACUUCGACACGAUUGUGGUGGAUGCCCGGAAGCCCCUGUUCUUCGGUGAGGGAACCAUCCUGCGCCAGGUGGACACCACGACCGGUGCGUUGCGCGUCGGAACUCACAUGGGACCACUGCAGGUGAAUCAGGUCUACUCCGGUGGGUCCUGCGAUGUCUUCACCAAACUGAUCGGAGCCAAAGGAAAGGACGUCCUGUACGUGGGAGAUCACAUCUUCGGCGAUAUCCUGAAGAGUAAGAAAAUUCGCGGCUGGCGUACGUUCCUGAUCAUUCCGGAGCUGGUUCAGGAGUUGCAUGUGUGGACCGACAAGUGUCAGCUGUUUGCCGAGCUGCAGCGACUGGACGUGAAGCUAGGAGAUUUGUACAAAAAUUUGGACUCCAGCGCCAAGGAGAAGCCGGACAUUUCUUCAGUACGGACGGCCAUUCGGGACGUGACACACAAGAUGGAUCUGGCCUACGGUAUGAUGGGUUCGCUGUUCCGAUCCGGCUCGCGGCAGACGUUCUUCUCCAGUCAGGUCGUCAGAUACGCCGAUCUGUACGCGGCCACCAUCCUGAACCUGAUGUACUAUCCCUUCUCGUAUAUGUUCCGAGCGCCGGCCAUGUUGCUGCCGCACGAGUCAACCGUUGCCCACGAGCAGCGAUUCACACUGGACGCGCCGAUGAUCCAGAGGACACGGUCCCGAAAUCCAGGAACACCCAACGCCGAGCAGAAUGCCGCGAACGAGGAUGUUUCCAAGGAAGUUAGUGCCAUCACCGAAAAGGAACUGAUUCUGCUAUCGAUCAGUGGUACUGGCAACGUUUCCGUACCGCAUACCCGCCCGGAGACGCCCCGUUCCGUGACACACACGCACGAUGAGGACUACUCGGACGAGGACAGCGACGAUCAGAAGAAGCAGGCCGCUAGGGCCUCCGCCAGUUCGGACAAGGAAGCCGAUCAAAAGUAGAGUUUUCUUGCAAACACACGCUUUCUUCAGCUGUCCCUUGCUAGAUACUAACUGUGUUGUCAUGUUCAUGUGGGAUAGGUUAGGUUCUGAAAUUCCCUCUUUCGAAACGAAUUUAAGGUAAGUUUGGUAGAUUGCUGCUGCUUGGUUGCAUGGACAAGCGAGCUUUCUUUAUAUUUGUAGAUACACAAAAAAUAACUGCUCAAAUUUGCAAUCCACUUUUCCUAACAUUGUGUAAACCUUCCCGAAAGCAAUAAGCAGAGUCCUUCCCAAGUACCCACAUACACCUGUUGCUAGUUAUUUAACCGAUUAUGCUUUUAACCCCUCAGAAAUCAGCAGAAUUUUUUUUUUUCGAAAGAGCGAGAGUGUGUUAUAGGCGUUGAAAUCAAUUAUAUAAGUUGUAUAAGAGAUUAGUUGGAACUUUACUAAAAACAUAAACAGGAAGAGCGUACAAACGUCAGAGUCAUUUAAGGAAACUCACGAAGCUGGUAGCGGAAACGCAUAACGAAUAGUGAGGCUCGCUAGUUUGAUAGAAAUGGCUGCUUUUGUUGUGUUUCCGUAAAAGUUAUACUAAUACGUAGAAAGUAAAAUGCUAUUGGUAAGAAUUGGUCGUGGCAUGAGAUUUUACCUAUGUAAGAUAUGUUAUUUUUCGCUGAACGAAAGAACUAGUUAGUCGGGAAGCCAAACUUGCAUUAUGCGAAUGAUAGUCACCCAAAAUAACACAUACACACGAAACUCACUACACAAUUGCCACACAUAACCUAGAAACACGUUGAUACAUUGAAAAAGAAUUGCCUUUAAUGAGAAAAGAAAAUCACAAUUAUUGUAGUGGAACAGGAAAACAAUUGAACAAUGCGGCGGUAGCGAAAUAAUUUGAGUUCAAUUCAGCAGAAGUCGAAAAAUACGUAGAGUGACGGAAAUGUACGGUAAAUAGAGCGCUACUAGAGCAUAUUAUGCAGGUAGAUCAUUUUUUGU